GCUCAAGGCCAGAAUAAAGUGCUUUAGUCCCAGAUUUGAACAAAGAAUGGUUUUCCUGAAUAAGGGAGAGCGGGGAGACUUUGGACAGGGGAGACUUGGGACAGUUUGGAUUCCCAUGAAUUAAUUUCAACCAAUCAGGUUUUAGAUUAUAUCAGAAGUUAGAUGUUGCACCUGAGAGUAACCUACUUCCUUUGGAGCUAUGAAGCUGGACACUGCAGUCAGUGUCCAGAGUCCAGGAAGAUAAGUGUCCUGGCCCUCGCUGGAAUGUCAUGUGUCGCUCCUGCUGUGAGUAUGAACUGAUCCGUUGUAAGUGUCCAUCUCAAAGGACACAGGUGGGCUACGCUGUGCCCUGCUGCCGUAACGACAUCCUCCAGUGUGACCCCUGCAUCAUCCACCAAGGCUGCAAUGUGUUUGAUAACUGUAAGAGAUGUAAUAAUGGCACAUGGCAGGCAAAGGAUGAUUUCUACAUCAGUGGAAGAUACUGCACUGAGUGUCGUCAGGGAUGGUCUGGAGGGGACUGUCUCACAUGUGGACAAGUUAUACAGAGGCGUCAAGGUCAUGUGACCCUGGAGAGUUAUCCAAUCAAUGCAGAAUGUGACUGGACACUACAAGUCAGCAGAGGAUCGGCCAUGGAAUUCAGGUUUACAAUGCUUCAUUUGGAGUUUGAUCAUAGAUGUCGAUAUGACUUUGUAGAGCUCAGAGAUGGUGACAGCAUUCACUCGCCUCUGAUUGGCCGAUACUGUGGAGACAAAAUCCCACCACCGAUCAGGAGCUCAGGAGACUCCCUGCACAUCCAUUUUGUGUCAGACGGCUAUAAUAAUUAUGACGGUUUCUCUGCUACAUUUCAGGAACUCUCAGUGUGCAGCCCCAAUCCGUGUAUGAAUGGUGGUGUUUGUUCACUGAAUACAAUUAAAACUUUCCACUGUGCUUGCCAAGCAGGUUUCACAGGCCUACACUGUGAGAACGAAUCUGGCUGUGUAAUCCCUCAGAAGCCUGCUCAUGGGGAUCAUUUCCUGCUGUAUGACAAUGGAGGCAUUGCUAUGGGAGUUCAGUACCGGUGUUAUAAACCUUACAAACUCAGAGGAGUCUCACGGAGGAUGUGUCUAUCCAACGGCACCUGGAGUGGGACAGCUCCUACAUGCACCAGGGACACGGACGUCAUUCGGAAACAGUGUCCUCCAUUAUCACAACUCCAUCAUGGAUACACCUUAAAAGCUAUUGGCUUAGAUGGUGCUGUCAAAAGUGUGGAAUUUUCCUGCAAUAAUUCUUAUGUUCUCAGUGGAAACUCCAAAAGAACAUGUCAGCUUGAUGGCACCUGGAAUGGCAGGCAGCCUCAGUGUAUCAAAGCAUGUCGGGAACCAAAGGUUUCAAAGCUAGUGCGCCAGAAGGUCUUGAAGUCCCAACUUCCUUUAAGAAAGAGUCCACUGCACAGGCUAUACGCUUCCCUCCAGCCUCAUGGAAGAGAAAGCAGCACCAGUAUAGAGACAGUGCAGGAUGAAUUACCCACUGGUUUCCACCACCUCUACACAAGCAUUGAGUAUGAGUGCAUCUCUCCUCUGUACCAGUAUACUGGAAGUGCACGCCGUACAUGUCUAAAAACUGGGAAGUGGAGUGGACAACAUUUCUCCUGUUUACCAGUCUGUGGUAAGCUCUCAUCCAAACCCCAGAACCUGGCGCAAACUCACUGGCCAUGGCAUGCAGCCAUAUAUCACCGUCUCCCUGACCACACCAGCCCCAUUACAGGGAGAACCAACAGACAAAGGGACAUGUUUUCCAAAGAUGACGAUGACUACUGGCAGGAGAAGGGCAUGGAGGACAAGUGGCAUCUGGUGUGCAGUGGUGCUUUGGUGAGCCAGCAUGCUGUCCUGGUGCCAGCACACUGUGUAACUGAGCCUGGUCAGUCACUGCCUAACAACAUGGCUGAUCUAAAAGUAGUGCUGGGAAAGAAUAAGAGACUUCAGCACAUGAAGGUCUCAGAGAUCCUGAUUCAUCCCAGCUAUGGUUCUAUUGGGUUUGACUCAGACCUAGCUAUACUGAAGCUGGUGGAGAAGGCGAGGAUCAGCGAGUUUGUUUCCCCUGUGUGUUUGCCUCGUCUUCAGGGAGGGGAGCUAACUGCGAACCAGGCCUACAUCACUGGCUGGUCUGCAGCAAGAAAGCAUGAAAUACACUCUCAAGUGGCACAGACUGGAAUGAUUGAACUAACUGAUGUGUUGCAGUGUGAAAGACAGUUUGCAAAACAAGGGCUUCACAACAGCAUUACUGAUAAUAUGUUGUGUGGGAGGCAACACCCAAUCAGUUCCAGCAGAGUGUGUCCUGCCAGAUCAGGCGGAAUCAUACUUGUACCUACUGCACCACAGCACAGGAGAGCAGAGGAAAGUGUUUCUGAGUCUAGCUGGGAACUACUGGGCCUGGUGAGCUUUGGCUACAAUCUGCAAAACUGUAAUCCACACUUAUACACUGCUUAUACACGAGUGGCCAACUUUAAGAACUGGAUUGAGAAUAAUAUAAAGUAGAAUACUGUAUUUCUUAAACAUACAGAUGUGACAAAUCAGGUCAUGGACAAUAGUGAUGACACUCACUGACUGUACAUGGUGUGAUUUUAUAAGUUAUGAGCUGGUGAUGUCAGGUGAUAUUGAAAGGUGUCUGGAACAAUACUAAUACUUAAAAGAUGGUGCUGUACAAAUUCCGACAUGGUCUGGAUCCAAGUUAGCCUUUAAAUCUUUAUCUAAAAAAACAAAAACAAAAACAGAAAGCAUUUAACACUUAAUAAUAUCUUAAAAUAUAUACACAGGGGCAGCCAUGACCUGAAGGUUAAAGAAGCAAGCCUUGGGUGGAAAAGGGUCGCCAGUUUGAUUCCUGGGGCCAGCAGGAAAAAUGUGAGGGGAGUUGAGUGAAUGAACAGCACUUUCCCCUUCCUCUGUAUCAUGACUUCAUGGCUGAAGUGCCCUUGAGCAAGGCACCUAACCCCUAACUGCUCCCCAGGUGCUGUAGCAUCGCUGCCCACUGCUCUGGGUAUGUGUGUGUGCUCAUUGCUCACUUGUGUGUUCAGUGCUUCAGGUGGUUAAACACAGAAGAGGAAUUUUACUGUGCUUGAGUGUACAUGUGACAAAAUAAAGGUUUCUUCUUCUUCUUCUAAACAUUAUCUUAAUUUUUUUAUAGACUUCCUUGUCAUUUUGUCUUUAGGCAAAGUAUCGAACACAUAGGAAUUUCCUUAGCACAAUCAUGAAUCAUAAGGGCAUCAGUGCAAGCCUGUUAUCAUGGUAUAAUACUGUGUUUUGCCAAACUUGUUUGUAUCUUCACAUGCACAGGCAAGUCUUUUUUCCCUAAUCGAGGGCAUUCUUUAUAUAUCUUUUAACACUCAUAUCCAGCUGGUUUCAACUCCUACAGUUUCAGGAGCAUUUUCUUCUUAUCCACUGCCCAUUCGUUCAGAUCUCAGGUUCUUGAUAUAUUACAAAGGCAUGCUUGGAUUUGCCAGAUGUCAAUAAGCUCAUCUUUCGUGUCUGUGUAUGAUCCACACAGUGCUUAUAGAUCUCAUCCCAUGGUUAUGUGACUGUUGCCUGGAUCAAUAGUCCAAUUACAUACAGACCACCUUACAUUUUCAUAUUAAAUAAUGAAAAUCAAAUAAAAAACAGAAACUAUGGGGAGGCCUACAAUCAAUCUAAAGCAAGAGGAGACAAAUUUUCUUUCUCACAAACAAUUGAUUCAAAUUGCACUCCUGAGCCUGGCAAUUUAAUUGAAAGGACAGACAACAAGAAUACCAGUUUAACAAGUGCGUAUAGUAAUUCAAAGCAAAAACCAAUAAUGAACAAGAUUUUAUUUAAAAAUUAAAACAGCACAUGUGCAAGCUCUUUUGUUUAAUCAUGUCCUCAGGCCCAGAGCCUUUUCACAAGCCAAAGCCGAUAAUGUUUUAUUUCUGAUCCUUAAAAAUUAACGUCAACCCCAAUGAUUAAUGCUUUCAAAUAGGCAUGAAAGAAACUGGGUAACAGGAUUCAAUAUUGUAUUUUGUACCAUCAUUAAUCAUUACAAGUUUAAACCAAAACAUACGGCAAUAAAACUUUUUUUUCCAACCCA